AUGUCCGGCAGGCCGAAACGCAGGGGCCGUCCUCCGAAAACUCCGGGAUCGGACAAGCCCAAGUUUCAGAUGCACUUGCUGAAAAAACCCAAGUACCUGCAGAACCUCGAGACUGAGGACGUUGUUGUCCAAUCACCUCCCGCACCUGGACGGUCUGUGGCUUCGAGACGUAGCGCCUCGGCGUCUGUCGCAGCUCGCGCCGCAGUAGUUGUCGAAACUCCAUCGCGCAACACACGACGGUCCAACCAGAAGCCCAAGACACCCAAGACACCCAAGACGCCAGCCGUGCCAAAAGGCAGGGCACCGCGUCCGUCGACCAGCAAAAAGAAGAAUACUAAAAAGUCCACUGUUGACAAAAGUCACGAUUACCAUUAUGGUUCUGACUUUGAUGAGUCCGAAAAGAGUGAAGACCCGUCCGAGAGUGAACAGUCUGACACUAAUGUUGAAGACGCUGUUGAUGAUGUUAGUGACAGUGAUUUCUCCGUCUCUGGCUUUUCUGUUGCCAGCCGUGCACGUAAAAGCAAUGUCUCCUACAUCAGGAACCCCAGUCCCGAGCCGCUGUGGCUCAGGGGUGAAGAAAUACCCAAAUUGGAGUUACCCAAAUCCUCAGAAGAUCUCCUAGUGCCUACUGAACACAUCAUGCAAGCUUUGAGUGUCUAUGAAGUGUUGAGACGGUUCAAAAGCCAGGUGCGGUUGUCACCGUUUCGAUUUGAAGAUUUUUGUGCAGCUCUUGUUUAUGAAGAGCAAAGCUACCUGUUGGCAGAAGUUCAUAUAAUGCUGUUGAAAGCAAUAUUACGUGAAGAAGACUUACAACAGACUCAUUAUGGUGCUGUUGAUCAAAAAGAUAGUAUCAAUAGCGUAUUAUAUUUUAUGGAUACUUUUACGUGGCCUGAAGUAUUACGAGAAUAUAUUGAGUCUGAUAAAUCAUUUGAUCCACAAGUUCUAAAAGUAUUUAAUAAUGGUGAUGAAUAUCCAUUUACGAACAUCAAAAAUAGAUUAUCUGUACUGCAAUUUUUAACUGACCAAUUUUUAACCUCUACUCUUAUUCGAGAAGAUUUUAUUCAUGAAGGCCACAGUUUUCAAUAUGAUGAUCAUUGUCGAGUGUGCCAUAAAGUGGGAGACCUUUUAUGUUGUGAGACAUGUCCUGCUGUGUUUCAUUUAGAAUGUGCUGAGCCUCCUUUACAUGAUGUUCCUACAGAAGAUUGGCAGUGUAAUUUAUGCAAAGAGCAUAAAGUCAUUGGAGUAUCUGAUUGUAUACCUGACGAUGAGAAAUCUGGUUUAUCAUCCCGUCAGGACCACUUAGCUUAUGAUCGACAUGGUCGUAAAUAUUGGUUUCUAGUUAGACGAAUUUUCAUUGAAAAUGAAGAGACUGGAGAAUGUUGGUAUUAUUCAACUGAAGAGCAGCUAGGCUUAUUAUUAGACUCUUUGGAUCGUGAAAUGGAAUCUGUUCUUUUCAACGAAAUAGAAAAAGUGAAAGAGGAAAUUAAUCGACAAAUGAAAAUAACUAUGGACCUCACCUUACAGUAUCGACCAUCAAAUAGGAAAACAUUUCUGGAUGUAGAAAACAGUUAUAUAAUAGGCAUGAGGGAAGAAAUGCAAAAGAAAAAAGAUACAGAAAUAAGUAAGAAUGAUAGUAACAGUGAAGAAAGUACCGAAAAUGUGAAGAGCGAUAAUGAGUCUAACAAUGAUAGUAAACAAGAACAGUCAAAUGAUGUAUCUGUAGACAAAAAUGAAAAUGAAGGUGGUAAUGGCGACUUGAAAAAUGAUGACAGUCUAAUGGAUGUUGAUGAUAGUGAACAUAAUCAUAGUUUAAGGAGCACUCGUAACAGAUCAUUACGCCUAAAACCAGCACUACGCCAAACGCCAGAACAGACAAAAAAACCGCCUGUUGUUGAAAAACCUUCUCCAGCUCACUCGUAUUUAGACAACUUAGGUGCAAGGGUAACUCGAUUUAAAGCUCAACAUAUAGCAGCUGGUACCUAUUUGUACAAACUUGGCAUGGAUAAUAGCUUUAAGACAUAUGUAAAUCAAUACAGUUCAAAUCCAACUGCAUUAAAUAAGAUUCAAAAGAAUGAAGAACGUGACAAAAAGCGAUAUAUGUCCCACAAGUUUUCACUUACAGGACCUGGUGAAUACAAGUGGUGUGGACAAAUAUUUGGCUCUCGGUCAACACUGAUAAGUACUGUCAAACAAACUAUUAUUUCAUUAGACAACUUGUUACCAUCAUCAUUGAUGCAUAUCAAUUGGUCAGUGUUGCGUAAACCUUGGCUAAAUCAAGUUAACUCGUGUUCUACUCCCAAGGAUUUUGCAAGAGUUAUGGUUGUUUUGAUGUCUUGCAUUAAACCAGUUGUUUAUGCACCCGUUUGGCACGAACAACUUGGGCAUGUAAAACUUUAUCGUAUCACUCAUGCCGAACGGGAAGAAAAGAAAAAAACUGACAAAAAAGAUAAAAAGGAUAAAGAUGCAGAAGAAGAUGAGCGUAAUAAAUUAACCAUACAUUUUGUUAAGUACACUCUAGGCUUAAAACAUCAAGUUCACAAACAAAAAGGAGAAGAAUAUAGAAUUCAUGGUCAAUGGGGAUGGCAGUGGUUAUCCAAAACAAGAGACUAUAAAUUGGCUGAUUCUUCAAAACAAGGCUUAGCAGCUGGACCUGCCAAAAGAAUUUUUCAAGGCAAAGAUGAUAAAGGAGUGCGAACAUUUUCUAUCGCCGAAACACUUUACGACUCUAUGAUAUUAAAAGAAUGUACAUUUGACUCAGAAGCGUCAAGUGAAAUUCUUGAUGACCAAAGUGUCAUACAUUUAGAUAGUGUUUCAGACAUAGAUUUUAUAAAUAUGAAAAUCCUUUCACCCAUUGACAAACUUGAUGAAAACAUUGAUAUUAGUAGUACACUAUGUUCUUCCAGCCGUAUAAUGUAUCCUAAACUUGCCAAAAAAUGUAAAACUGAUAUGUUAUUGCCAAGAAGAAUGCAAUUGAAAUUAGGUGAAGAAAGAUCAUUAGUGACCAAAAAUGCCAGCACCCCAAAACCAGUUCCAGAAGCUGUAGAUAUUACACCUCCGAGUGCUUCUCCUCAAGCUUCGUCAGAAGCUAUCACCAAAAUGAGAGAAAAGUCCUACAUGUUGAAUACUUUACAAAAACGUGUAAUUCAACUCAAACAGCAUUAUUUAUCAUUUAAUACUAUGUCUGAACACAUGAUAUGCUAUAAUAGUAGCUGCCGUGCAGCUAACAAAUCUAGUAUGACUGCCUCAUGUUAUAGUCCACUUUGCAUCAGACAUGUGGAUGUACGAAAUGAACUUCUAUCAUUACUACGAAAAAUGAACAUUUUGAAAUCAGAACUAAUCGAAUUAAAAGCAUCAUUGCCUAAAGACCAGAGUGUAUUGAAUAUAAAGACUGAUAAUACUUCAGUUGGACCAGUUCAAAUUAAAACUGAAGUUAAAAAAGAAGAAAAUGUUGUAGUUAAAAGUGAACAGGUGGUUCAAGUAAAUGAUGUUAAAACCGAGAGUAUCACCAAGCAAAAAGAUAUAAAAACCGAAAAUGAAGAUGAACAAAAUGUGAAAGUUGAUGUCACCAGCUGCAGUCCUACUACUGGAUUAAGUGUAUUGAAGCCGGCUAGAAAAAGAGGUGGUGCUAAACGAGAAGGUGUUUUAGUAGAUUGUAUAGAUGACGGACGUGUUUAUUCUACGGAUGAUACCCGUAAAAAGAUAUAUUUGAAAAAGCCUGUGAGUAAUAAUGUUCCUGUUAAAAAGAAAGCAGAGAAAAUUAAGUAUCCUCCUACUUCACGGUUUUAUACACGUAGUAAACGUUGCAGUUUAUUAGUAUUACCAAAACACGAGCUUCGAAAAUUAGCUAGACACGGUGGACAUGAUUUUGUUAAUGGUUUCAAUCCAAAUGGCAAGACCAAUAAUGCAAUAUGGCCAUAUCCUUGCCCAAGACCAUAUUUUAAGACAUGCUGGCUUUAUAGAACAAUAAUGUUUAACACCAUAUCAGCUGCUGCAUUACAAUUAAGAAUCUUAUGGGCGUGCCUGAAAUGGGAUGAAUUAACUGCUAAGACUGCUCAUUUAGCUAGUAAACGAGAAGUUACAACUGAAACUGAAUUAGUUACUACAGAAACUUUAGAGUGUCGUACUUCGGGCCAAUUCAAUGAACACACUGAAUAUUUAAUACGCAGAGUUGUAAUACCAUUAGAUAUACCAAAACAAGUCAGGGAGGUGACACCUAUACGAAGUGGUUUAAGAAAACGUAAAAGAGAGGAAGCUCCGAGAAAUACCGCACCACAGGUAUCUGAAGUGUGGGUUGAUGAAAGUAAAUUAGAGCUGGUAGAAAUCAAGCAAUUCCAUGAAAGAGUGGAACGUGAAAUGCAAAUGCAACAAGCCAUGAAAACACGUGCGUCUUCAGCCUUUGCUAAUAAAUUAUUGCAUAAUGAUUCUUCUCAUAAUCGAAAUAUAAACGAUAAGCUCCGUACAUCACAAAACUCGGAUAAAACGGAACACAUCAAAGAGCAAUUAGAACAGUCUCUUAGAGCACAAAGAGUAGCUUAUAAAAGAACAUCAGUAAACAAUGAUAACAACUCUUCAAAUAAGAAAUUGUGUAUGGACGUAUCCAACUCACAAAGUCCAGUGACUAGUAGUUCAACGCAACGUUUGAAACUUGUACCUGGUGAAGGUGGAAGAUUAAGGCUGAUGCCUAAUAAUAAACCUUUGGCUCAAAAUUCUCCCUUACUUCAAUCUUCCACACGAGUUGCUGCCAAACCUCCUACUACUACUUCUACCACUCCAUCAACUCGUCGUAUAUUCAUGACUAAAUGUCCAGACGGUAAAACCAGACUUGUGACUACACCAAAGUCAAUUAUCAAUGAUUCUAAUGUGAUGAAUCAAAACUCAAUAAAGAUUCAGUCAACUAAUUCCCAAAUAGUCACUUCAAAUAAUGUUACACAACAAAAAUUGCAAUGUAUUAAAGGAGAAGAUGGAAAAUUACAAUUCAAAGGUCUUUUACCAGGACAACAACUUAUUCAAUUACCCGAUGGUAAAUUGCAUGUGACCAGCUAUAUAAAUCCUAGCCCAUCUCGAACUGUUCAAAUAGGAAAAAAUACAAUAUUGGCAAAUAAUAAUAAUUUUCAAAAAGCUGGCACUCAAACAAUUAUUUUGAACCGAGGAUCACAACCUAUUCAACAAGUUAUGAAACCUCAAACAUCUCAAAUGGUAGUUUCUGGUGGACAGUUAGUAAAUGUUUCACAAGGUCAACAAAUGAUUGUGCAGCAUAUUAAUCCAAAUAAAGCGACUAUAGCCACUAUUAAUGGCCAGCAAGUUUUAAUACGGCCCAAUACUGUUUCCUCUGCCAACAUACUAAGUAGCGGUGGCCAGACUAUUAAGUUUGUUCGACCUCCACAAACUGUACAAAAAAUUCAUCAAUCUGUACCUCCACUAUCACCUCGAGUUACUCCAACAACUAGAAUUGUUCAAGAUCAACACAGGCCAGUACUUCCACAGGCUGCACCCACACCAUUAGUUGAUGAACAAGAAAAAUUACUAUUAGCUAAUCAGCCACCUGGCACAGUAAUAAAAUGUAUCACAGCUCAAGUAAUCCAAAGUCCUACGCAUGGUAAUAAAAUAGUGUUACAAGGUUUGCAAGGUAACGAUUUCACGCCCCAGCAAUUGCAACUUGUACAGCAACAAGUCAAACAACAACUCUUAAAAGCUCAAGAAUCCAGUGGUACUCAAGGAGUCUUAGGCCCUACAAAGAUUUACCUAGCUGUUCAACCACCAGAUUCCCCACUGCCUACUGUUCAGAAACCUGGAAUUGUUGCACCCAUCACAGCUCAACCUACGGUUAAACCAAUAGAACCUACCCCUAAGCCAUCAGUUCCUGUUCCAAACAAUAUCCCAGAAAUCUUAACUCAGAUUAAAACUGAACCACCAUCAAAGUCUCCUGUGAAUAAAAUUCCGGCAAUUAAAGAAGAACCGAUUGAUUCCCCCAACUCAUUUGUUGUGACUCCAAACUACAUUAGUCAAUCAAUUAAAAAUGUUUUGAAAAAUGAAGAUUUAAACCCAGAAACACAAGAAAAACUAUUACAAUUGCAAAAAUAUCAAGAACAACAGUUGCGUGAUCCAGUACCGCAGACAUCAGUUCCUGCAUCUCCUGCUAGAAAACGACCUUAUGAAACUGAUAAUUUGGCAGAAUUUGAACCUCUUAAAAAGUCAACUGAACGUGAUAAUUCUGGGUCGUUGGUAUCUCCUGAACAAUCAAAACUAUAUCAGACACUAAAACAAGGCGAUGAUCAUCGUAAAAUUCAACAACUUCAAUCAAAACUGCAGAAUGAAAUAGCUGCUAACGUGACUGUUUCAUCAGCUGAUUCUACGACCACUUCCAAUAAUGUGACUGAAAAGUCUAUUCCUGUAACACCAGCUCCUGUGCAAGUAACUCCCCCUCCCCAAGGUAGCAGUAAGCGUAAACACGCUUCAGGUCCACCAACCACCAUACAAACUACACCACAUGCCAAUAGUAAUUCCAAAACUAGUAAUUCUGGACCCGGUAGACGACGACCAAUGAAGAUUUCCCCUCCGGCACCGAACCGAAAUCAUUCACGGCCAUCGCCAUUACCACCAGCCAAGAAAUCUAGCCCAAAAAAGAGUAAAAAAGAAAAAAUUAUGUGUCUUUGUCGAACACCCUAUGACAGUUCAAAGUUUUAUGUUGGAUGUGAUAUGUGUCACAACUGGUUCCAUGGUUCUUGUGUCGGCAUUACUGUGCAAAUGUCUAAAAGAAUUUCCGAAUGGUUUUGUCCCGAGUGCAAGCGGUCAAAGGAUCCUGAAGUUCUCUAUUGUAUAUGUAGAAAACCAUAUGAUGAUCAACAAUUUUAUAUUUGUUGUGAUAAAUGCCAGGACUGGUUCCACGGCAGCUGUGUUGGUGUAUUACAGUGUGAAGGUGAUAAAAUGGAUGAUUACAAUUGUCCUAGGUGUAUGUCCAACUCUGAAAUCAAUUUUGCCAAUUUGAAUCCAUUGAACCAACAAGACAACGAUGACUUAUUGAAACUCGUCAAACAAAUACAUUCACAUAAAAGUGCAUGGCCUUUCAUGGAGCCAGUCGAUCCUCAUGAAGCUCCUGAUUAUUACAAUGUUGUUAAGGAGCCUAUGGACUUGAACUGCAUUGGAAAAAAUGUGACCGAUAAGAAGUAUAAGAAUCUCACAGAAUUCAUUCGUGACAUGAUCAAGGUAUUCGACAACUGUAGAUAUUAUAAUUCACGUGAAUCGCAAUUCUACAAGUGUGCCGAAAUCCUAGAGCAGUUCUUUGUGUCAAAAUUGAAAAAUUUAAGGGACAAAUUUUGUGAACAAUACAUGGAAGUCUAA